GAUUUCGCAGAGUGAAGGUGAUCAUGUUGGGAAGCGGUUGCGUUUUCAGAUUUUGCAUUUUUUGACGCACGGAAACCCUGUACUAACACUCCUACUUUGCAGAAAUGCUGGUCAUGCGUACAGAACAGGCUGAACAUCGAACCGGGCGGGAGUAACAGCGAUUCAGACGGCAGCGGCGGCUCUCGCGACGACGAUGAUGAGGACCAUGACUACGAUAGCGAUGACGGCGGUGCCUCCACGAUGACCGGCACGAUGAGCGGCAUGUCCUUGGCUGGCUCCUCUGCCAUCUCCAGCUCAAUCACCAGCAGCGUGAGGGUGAACGGUAGCGGCUACAACCACGGCUCUGGCUCUGCAACCAUCUCGAGCGACUCCAACGGCGGCAUCGCGCUCAAUCCACCCUCCAGCCGCGGAGACACGUUUGCCGCAGGCUUAAGCAGCAACAACACACCCACGGGUGGUCCGACCUUCCGUAACCUCCCGCCACACUUGCGCAAGAAGCAGUCGAACGAGUCCGUCCUCACCCAGACGUCGUCUGUGGUUGGCGGGUACGCUCCGUCGACGGUCAGUAACAGCACCAACCGCAGCUACGCCAAGUCAACUGUAAGCGAAAGCACGUCGGGUGGCGGCAAGUUCGCUAAGGUUAAGGCUGGCUGGAAGCCGAUGAAUUUACCAGUUGUGCAGCAAGAGAGGGAGGAAGCUGCCCCACGUAAGCGUCAGGCUGAGGAUGAUGAUGCGCGUGUGCAGCUUUCUGACAGCGAUUCGGAGUGAGGAAGGCAGUG